UGGACUAAUAUUGGCCGGUUACAUUGUCAAAUGCCGUGGUGGGAAGAUGCGAUGGUCAACUUUAUGAUUAGCGGCGGCUACAAUGUUGCUUCACAUAUCAAACUCAUCAACCACAAGACGCUCGUUGUAUGCAGUGAGAAUGAUCAGAUUGUUAGCAACCAGCUUUCAGUUAAAUUGUUGUGUGAGCUACAAAAUGCGGUUUUUCGGGAAGUACCAGAUUCCGGUCAUCUUCCACAUGUUGAGAACCCUGCACAGUUUGUGAAGCUGAUAUCGGAUUUCGCCAGUGGAAAGCUUAAUUGAUUCUAAUAUGCUGUAACGAUCUGCUUCAAGCUCAUCAAGUGGCUACAAAGAGCUGAGUUGUCACCUUAUAUACUAUUCCCUUUAUGAUUCAUGAUGUUUAUACUAAACAUUUAUUGAAUUCUUAAUAAGCGUUAACAUUUUAGAAAAUCUUACUUUUGGGAGUCUCUCCCACCAAACCAGACUUAGUAGAUCCCUGGCAACAACAACAAAAUAAAA